AUGUCAGCUCAAGAUUACUAUAGUGGUGGUGGAGGUGGCUACGGCCAGCAGCAACAGCAAGGUGGUGGCUACGGACAACAACAAGGCUAUGGCCAACAACAACAGGGUUAUCCUCAACAGGUAAGCUAUGCACCAAGCUCCGAGCUCCAGCUCCAAUUACUAACAGAGCUUCAACAGCAACAAUACUCUCAAGGAUCCAACUACGGCUCCAACCAGCCCAGCUACGACAACCGUGAUCAAUCGUACGGCCAACACCAAGGCGGACAAUACGGCAGCGGACCUGGCCAAUUCCCCGACGGUGCAGGUGGUCCCGGCGGUCCGGGUGGCCCCGGAGGUCCGGACGGAGAGCGUGGACUGGGUGCUACACUUGCAGGAGGUGGUGCAGCCGGCUGGGCCGCUCACACAGCUGGUAGCGGUCUUCUCGGCAGUCUAGCCAGUGCCGCUGCUGGUGCCAUUGGCGCAAACUUCCUCGAGCACAAGUUCAAGAAGCACAAGAAGGAGAAGAACAGGAAGCAUCACCGCGACGGACGCCCCCGAGCAUUCACUGGCGACUCGACCAGCAGCAGUGACUCCGACUCUGGUGAUGAGCGACGUCGACGAAAGGACGAUGACUUGGCCUACGGAAAGUCUCAGUAUGACAACUCUUCCCGACAUGGACAUGGAGGUGGUUCUCAUGGAGGCUCCAGCUCAUAUGGUGGAGGCGGAUAUGGUGGCCGAGAUCAGGGCUAUGGCGGUGGCCAGAGCUACGGAGGCCAGGGCGGAUACGGAGGUCAAGGCGGAUAUGGCCAGCAGGGCUACGGUGGUACCCGAUACUAA